AUAAGCACACCGGCCACUUUGCAGGGCGUCACGGCCUACACGCCCCCUCGUCUCUCGGACGGCGGCGUCUAGCCUCGGGGCGCUCGGCCGCCCCGCCCUCUCCGGGGGAGGAGUCAAGAAGAGACUGCCCAAUAGGGCCGGCUUGACCCGCGAACAGGCGAGGGUUCCCGGGGGAGCGGCGCGCCAGAAGGCCCCUCCCAGGAGCCGAGGGACAGCCCAGAGGAGGCGUGGCCACGCUGCCGGCGGAAGUGGAGCCCUCCGCGAGUGCGGGAGGCCGCCGAGGCAGGCGGGAAAACCGGACAGUAGGGGCGGGGCCUGGCCUGGGCGGCGAUGGGGAUGCGGGAGCACUACGCGGAGCUGCACCCGUGCCCGCCGGACAUUGGGGAUGCGGAGCAGCGGCAGCGGGUAUGGCAGGCAGCCGGCGGGCCGGCCUCCAGCGCAGACAGCGUCAUGGCAGAGCAGGUGGCCCUGAGCCGGACCCAGGUGUGCGGGAUCCUGCGGGAAGAGCUGUUCCAGGGCGAUGCCUUCCAUCAGUCGGAUACACACAUAUUCAUCAUCAUGGGUGCAUCGGUGAGUCUCUCCUAGGCCCCAAUCUUAAAAGCCAGGAAGUGCCUGCUCCAUGCCUCAGCUUUUCCAACUAAUUGUUGCAGGACCACACAGGCUCUGCUAAGUUGAGCCCCUCCAUCCGCUCCUGCUAGUGUGCCAGGAUCAUCCCAGCUCUACCUGAUGUGCAUAUGCACUUGCAAGACUUUUUUUUUUUUGGAGACGGAGAUUCGCUCUGGUCGCUCAGGAUGGAGUGCAGUAGCCCAAUACUGGCUCACUGCGAUCUCGGCCUCUUGUAUUCAAGCGAUUCUCCUGCCUCAGCCCCCCC